AUGUUUCCAUUGCACACACCGAAUGGUGUGAAAUGGUGCAAUUGGCAACUGGUCGCCUAUUCGCUGCUAUUGCUUCAAACAAACCUAGGUGCAAAUGGGCAGCGCAUGAAGGAUAACAUGUACACAUCGGUCAAUGGGGCGCACUGCUUUCGGCGACUCAACGGAACGCAUGUAACGGGUUGUAGUUCAAAGAAUGGUGGAUCGGUCGGUGUGUUGCAUUUAAUCAAUAGCAAGGAAGACAUUGAUUUUAUCGUGCACAAGCAUCCAUCUCCACCGUAUGCGCCGGUUAUACCGCCGGCACUUUAUACGCGAGAAAACAUUCUCCGGUUGCGGGAUGAAGCCGGUCCGUACGUUUCCGCGCUGAUACUGAUGAACAACGCCAGUGGGUUGCAACAGUUCAGUCAGGAGUCACGCUGCCCCAACCAGUACAGUGGGCUUUCGUCCGUGCUGAAUCAGAUAGCAGACGAUCAGCGUUGCAGUGUGGAUCGGGCUGAGGACAGCUGGAACCCAUGGGGCAGUGGUUUGCUGCUGGAAGACUUUCCAUUUCCAAUCUUCUACGUGGCGGACGUGUCGCAGAUGGAAAAACUGCUCGACUGCUACGAACGGUUUAACGCACACGAUCUCGAUCAUCAGCAUCAACGCAGCUUGUGUGCGAUUGAGGUGAAAGCGUUCAUGUCGGCAGCCGUCAGCACGGAUAUCUGCACACGGCGAUCCAACUCUUACAACUCGCUCAUUCCAGCUACAAAGUACUGUGAUCCGCUGCAGGGGAAAAACGUGUAUGCCACGCUCUUUCCCAGACCAAUCGUCCCGGAGGAGCAGCGAGUCGAAGGACCGGAACGGAUAGUGCUCGUGUCAACCCGUACCGAUACGACCACUAUGUUCGAUGGGGUCGGACUGGGUGCAAUGGAUUCGGUUGUUCCUUUCACCGUGCUAGUGGCGGUAGCACAUUUUCUCUCCAAAGCACUACCCAAUAACGAUAGAAACGUACUGUUUUUGUUCUUUAACGGGGAAUCCUACGACUAUAUUGGCUCUCAGCGCUUCGUUUACGAUUUGCAAACAGGUGCAUUCCCUUCACGCGGCACCCAAACCAAACCCAUUUCGAUGGACAACAUCGAACUAAUGAUUGAUAUCGGAUCGAUGGACAACCUGACGGAGCUACAGGUUUAUCACGCGGCACCCCAACCGAUGGCCACAAAAGUGGCCGAGCUGCUGCGCAAAAUCAAUCAAUCCCUCAAGUUCGGCAUUCAGUCGGGACAGCCAAUUCUGACGGGUAAUCUGCCACCAGUUUCGGCACAAUCAUUCCUGCGGGAAAACAUCACUUUCCCAGCUGUGAUAAUUGCCUCUAAGCCGAAUAAUCGGUUUUAUCACUCCAUUUAUGACGAUCAGGAAAAUCUGCAAUAUCGCUACAGAAACUACUCGCAGAAGUAUGACUAUACGCAGCUGGAAGAUCUUGAUCUCGGUGAUCAUAGCAACCUGUACGGGAGGGAUUCGAUCCAGAUGCGCAUCCGGAACGCGUCCACGCUGAUCGGUAUGAGUAUCUACGAGCUGCUGGUGGGUCGAGCCUACGAUCAGCCUUACGGUACGAACAGUGUGCUGAUAGACGAGUUCCUACACUGCUUCCUCGAAUCGGCUGACUGUCCUUUGUUCCGGGCGACGGUGAAACCGGAUUCGCCACAUGUCUAUCCGGCGCCACCGUCCCGAUACAUUAGCGUGCACACAACGCUGACCGCGGAUGCAACCGGCUGGACAUACCGAGUGCUUGGUUUGCUGCUGGGCCAAAGGGUAGAAAACGUUACCAAGACAGACUGUGCGGCAAUGCACCUACCAUAUCAGUGGAUGGCCGGUUACGAUGGGGCCGGUGAAUGUCGUAGAACAACCCAAAACAUGAGCUUGGCCCUGUCGCCAGCGUUCAUGAACGAAACGUACGACUUUACCUCCUACCGAUAUUCGACCUGGACCGAGUCGACGUGGUCGGAGAUGUCGGCGCGGAUAUUUCUGCGACCUUCGCCAGCCCACGAGACGCUUACCCUGUCGAUCGGUAUCGUGGUGAUGGUAAUUUCGUUCGUGCUGGUGUUUCUCAUCAAUAGCCGCUCGGAUGUGCUGUUUAAUCAGGGUUCCACCUCAUCGAUACCCAUUGCCACACAGCCAACACAAUGUUGA